AUGCCUCCGCCCCUCAACGGCUGGCGAGACAAGCUCAGCGCGCUCGAGGACUUGUACGAGCGACAUGUCAAGGGCGUCCCCAAACCGCCCGUCCUCUCUGCGAGUGCUGCGGCGCUUCUGUCGGCUGCCUAUGUCUUCAUCUACGUAAUCCCCUUCUACCUGUCGCCCGCAACGCGACCCUCUCCGACUCUCACGCGCGAUGCACCGUCGUCGAUACGCGCCCGUGUACGCGCAGUUACCUUGUCCACUGCCCUAUGCUCUGUCCUCACCGUAAUCGUACUCUACCAACAUGAUGCGUCCGCCAUGGAGAUCCUCAGCCUGCUUGGCAUAUGGCCUGUUUCACCCGUAGAUACCAUCCGGACCAUGCUGUUGGUCGUGAUCCUCUUCGCAGGCCCAAUCUUCGAGCAUGGUAUUGUAGACGAUGGUUGGAGAGACUGGGUCAAGCUAAACGGUGUCAACGAGUCCUUGAGUAGCUGGAUCGGAUACCGGAAUUUUGUAGUCGGCCCCGUCAGUGAAGAGCUCGUCUGGCGCUCCUUCAUCGUCCCCCUACAUGUCCUCGCCCAGUUCUCCGGCAAGCAAAUCGUGUUCCUCACACCACUGUACUUCGGCAUCGCGCAUCUGCACCACCUUUACGAAUUCCGCAUAACCCAUUCUGAAGUCCCGUUCUUCAUCGCCGUGCUUCGUUCACUCUUCCAGUUCACAUACACAUCGCUCUUCGGGUUCUUCGCCGCCUUCGCCUUCAUCAGGACUGGAAAUGUGUACACGUGCAUGCUAGCGCAUACCUUUUGCAACUGGAUGGGGCUUCCACGCUUCUACGGUCGUGUGGGAGUUGAAGCUGGCAUCCCCAUCGGACCGCCAGAUGUCGAUAAGAAAGAUGAUGAGCAAAGGAAUGUCCCAGCUUAUCAAGGGAAGGGUGUUGGAUGGACAGUAGCCUAUUACCUCGUACUCGUAGCUGGCGCUCUAGGCUUCUAUCAUCAGCUGUUUCCGCUGACCGAGAGCAGCCAUGCUCUACCUGUUGACUUGAGUAAGUAG